UGAUAGGGCAGCCCUCGGGGCCGAUGAUGACCAAGCCCUCGAGGACAGGAUCCUCCCGUCUUCCCUCACGACCUGCAUUGCCCUCGGAGAGCAGGCCCGACGGCUGGAGGAAUGGCGUCUCCACAAAGCUGGGCAAGACACAAAGAUGAAGGAGCUCAUUCUCAAGGACUCCAAGGCCACGAAGCUGAUGGCCCAGCUUGAAGAGGACCUCCAGCUUGCGAGAGCGGAGGCUGGAAAGCUUAGAGAGGAGAAAGCCAAAGCUGAGGAGGCUGCUGCGGAGGCUGCAAAGAAAGCCGCCGAGGAGGCCGAGGCCGUCAGAGCGAAGGCUGUCAUCACAGCCCGGGAGGAGGCCAUCUCCGGGUUCCUGGAUGGGGGGUGGAAGGCCGAGGGACACAAGGAGUGGCUGUCCUCGGUUGUGGAGGCCCCAGUCGAUGAGUGGUGCGAGGGCCCGGGCGAGGAAUGGAUGGCCCGAAAGGGCAAACAAUAUUAUGAUGGGGGUGAAUUUUUCACCCAAGCCCUCAUCUACCGGAG